AUGACAUCCCUUAGGCAUUGUUUUCUCUCAUCCCUGCUCAUUGAUCACAUAAUUCUCGAUGAAGUUAUAUCGAUUUUCUCACUUCGCACUCUUCUUCUUCUUCAUCUUCUAGGCACUUGGCCUUCGUACCGUCGCACACUCGAUUUUACUCUACCAUCUCAUUAUAUCCUUGCCUCGACUAGUUUGACUCGUUCGAAUUAUAACUGUUCGUCACAGUUGACAUUUCCACUAUUUCACUCCGAUUAUCCAUUUUAUCAUUUUCCUUCAUCGUCCACUUCUCGCACGAUCCUUCUGUCUUUCAAAGGAAAAAGUUAUGAAGAUGUUCAACAUCAUCGCACUUUUUUCCAUCAUUUAAAUAACAAUAACGACAUUAUCAUCAAGUUUACUGAUAAUGACACGAACUCCGAUAACAAAACCGAAUAUAUCAAACUGUUAGAACAAUCACAUUUUUGUCUCGUGCCCAGUGGGCGACGUCUAUAUUCGUACCGAUUUCUUGAAGUUUUACAAUAUGGUUGUAUACCAGUUAUAACAAGCAACGACGACGAAUCUCUCAUUCUUCCUUUCAGUGAAAUUAUUGAUUGGUCCAAAUCAGUGAUUAUCUAUUUCAAUGCAUCGUACAGUUUAUUACCAGCUUAUUUGAGAAUGAUUCAUUCCAAUCAACGACAUGCAAUGCGAAAAGAAUGUACACAAAUUUGGUCCAAAUAUUUCUCUUCAAUUGAACGUAUUGUUUUAACUGCGCUUCAGAUACUAAAUGAUCGUUUUCUGUCGUCGUCUUCUUCUUCUUCUUCCUUUCCUGUUGUAUAUUAA